GUGACGUCACUCAGGAAGGUUCCGGGAGUUGUUUAUUACUGUGUUGCGUCAGUGGUGAAGACGCAUCUCGAAGGUGAAAUUAGAUAACAGAACGACUGGUUAGCGGACAGUGAUGCUGGUCUCACGGCUGUCAUGCCUGCGCUCGGCCCCUGUGGCUGGGCUCCGGUCAGCCCUCGGUCAGACUCCGUUUGUCCUGCGCAGCUCCUGUCGGCCCCUGAUGAGACCCACACAGGGUUAUUCCACCAAGACGAGACUGGGGUUCCGGCGGAGCAAGACUUCCAGAGAGCAGUUUCAGGAGGCAGCGUUCGAACCCGCUACUGACACCGCUAUUAAAAUGCACAACAUGGGCCGGGUGUUCCUGGCGGGAGGCGCCGCUGUGGGACUGGGAGCGCUGUGCUAUUACGGCUUCGGGAUGUCCAACGAGAUGGGAGCCAUAGAGAAAGCAGUGAUCUGGCCUCAGUAUGUGAAGGACAGGAUCCACUCCACAUACAUGUAUUUCUCUGGAAGUGUGUGUUUGACGGCUCUGUCCGCGGUGGCCGUUAGCAGAACGCCGGCGCUCAUGGGACUCAUGAUGAGGGGCUCCUGGAUGGCUAUCGGCGCGACGUUCGCUGCUAUGAUCGGCGCAGGAAUGUUGGUGAGGUCGAUCUCGUACGAGAACAGUCCCCUGCCCAAACACCUGGCCUGGGCCCUGCAUGCAGGAGUGAUGGGGGCCGUCGUGGCCCCGCUGACGCUGCUGGGCGGACCCCUGGUGAUGCGAGCCGCCUGGUACACCGCAGGCAUUGUGGGAGGGUUGUCGACGGUGGCCAUGUGUGCUCCCAGCGAGAAGUUCCUGAGCAUGGGCGGCCCGCUGGCCGUGGGCUUCGGGGUCGUGUUCGCCUCGUCUCUGGGCUCCAUGUUCCUGCCGCCCAGCUCGGCGCUCGGGGCCGGGCUCUACUCCGUGGCCGUCUACGGAGGACUGCUGCUGUUCAGCAUGUUCCUGCUGUACGACACACAGAAGGUCAUCAAGCGCGCAGAGACACACCCUCUUUAUGGCGUUCAGAAAUAUGACCCCAUUAAUGCAUGCAUGGGCAUUUACAUGGACACGCUCAACAUCUUCAUGCGGCUGGUGAUGAUUCUGGCCAAUGGCGGAAACAAAAGGAAGUAGUUUAACGAGACAAGGCGACAUGAGAUUGGACUGGAGAAGAAGAUGUAGCUAAAUAAAGUGUUGCUCGUUUCUUUUGCAUUCAUUUGUUUAAAAGCGGAAAAAAACUUUUGGAUUGUUUUCAACUGAAUUGCAUGUCAAGCGUCA